GAUACAAGUUUAGUGUGAGAAGGCCGUGACGUUAUCACAAAUAUCAGCACAGCUAGAACCAAUCAGAUUGUGAGGUCUGAACUAACUGUUGUAUAAAAUGAAUAAAUAUACUAUGUAACAUUAAUGUGUAACAAUUUAAUUGUUAUAUAAUAGUUUUCUGGAUGUUUAAGUUUGCUGGGGUUGAAUUGAUCCCAAGUAUUAAAGAGGUCAGUAAGGUUGAGGAUAAAAUUAGGGUUAAAUUUUGAAGCCAUAUCAAUGUGUUAAUGAUAGUGAGAGAUAGUGAGUUCAAAUACAGGAAGAGCACUAAGGAUGAGCUGCUUUACAGGAAGAGCAUUAGUUGCCGUUGGAGACUCAGAACAGAAUCAUGCGCUUUUACUCUCUCAUCAGUUCUUUAAUUCUCUCUGUGUUUCUGCUCUUCAUCUCAGGUUCUGAGAGCGUGAGGACACUGAAGCAUUUAACUGUAAGAAGAGGAGGAUCUCUCAGUGUUCCUUGUUUAUAUGAGAAGAAAUAUAAAUCACACCGUAAAUACUGGUGUAAGGGGGGAACCUGGUCCUCAUGUAGAAUAGUAGCCUACGGCAACACAAGUAAUACAGGAAUAUCAGUUACUGAUGAUCCAUCCCAGAAUAUGUUUACUGUGGAUCUGAAGAACCUCCAAUACUCUGACUCUGGAUGGUACUGGUGUGCUGUGGAAAUUGGUGGUUAUUGGACUCCAGAUGACGGGGAUUCUGUGUAUCUGACGGUCAGUUCAGAUCCUGCUGUGUGGGUGGAGAACAGUAGAGUGAUUGGUCAGGAAGGGGGCAGAGUCAGUGUCCAGGGUAACUACAGCUCUGGAUAUGAGAAUAAAGAGAAGAAGUGGUGCAGAGUUAAAACCUGGAGCUGCUACCCAUUCCAGGAUUCAACAGUGAACAUCAGUGAUGAUUGGAUAGGAUCCUCCAGAGUGGAGAUGAUUGGGCUGCAGGAGAGUGAUGCUGGCUGGUACUGGUUCAGUGCAGGAGGUGUGGGAGUUACUGUUCACCUCACCGUCACUGAAAGACCUACAACAACAACAGCAGCUGUGACUACACUUCCUACCACUCAGAAAACUACCCCCCAUCAGAGCACUUCAAGUUCAGACAGAAAGUCACAGACAGAUGCUGAAAAUGUCUGGGUUCUGGUGGCUGUAGGUCUGGUUCUUCUGCUGAUUCUGUUCAGCCUUCUCACCUAUAUGUUGAGAAGAUCCCUCAAGAGUAAUCAGAGCGAGGCCAAAGAGAGAGGCAGUGACCCUGCAGUUCACAUGACGUCUACAACUGAAAACACACUGAUCUACAGUGAUGUGAUUCAUGACAACAAGAAGCCUUCAUCAUCUGCAGCAGCUUCUGAAAAUGAAGUGACCUACAGCUCUGUACGAAGAGCUCGCAAAAAGAAAACUACGUCUACAACUGAAAACACACUGAUCUACAGCGAUGUGAUUCAUGACAACAAGAAGCCUUCAUCAUCUGCAGCAGCUUCUGAAAAUGAAGUGACCUACAGCUCUGUACGAAGAUCUCGCAAAAAGAAAACUUCUUCAGCUGCAGUGGAUCGUGAAAGCGAUGUGACCUACAGCUCUGUGAGGAAAGCUCCCAAAAGUAAAACUUUCUCUCCAGCAGUGGGAGAUGAUGGGGUGAUCUACAGCUCUGUGAUUCACGAGCAGGAGGUGUAUGCAAAUGCAAUUCUGCAGACCAACUGAUCAGAUCAAAGAAAAAGAUAUGAUGAUGCAUAAGGAUUUGAGACCAGUUGAUACGCCCUCGAUAUGUUUUCCUGUGUUUUCCCCGUUUCCUAGUGUGUUUCUCUAGUAAUUUUCCAUCACGUGUGUCUAAUUUGUAGCUCCGCCCCUCGUUACCUGUCUCCCCAGGUGUUCAUUGUUUCAUGUUUAGUAUAAACAGUACCUGUUAGUCUACGUUUGCUGUCGGUCUUUGCACCUUCCCCUGUUGUUUUGUCACGUCACGUUAUUGCUUUCUCUACGUUUCAUAUUUACUCGCUUGUUUAUUGUCAUUCACGUUAUUUCUAGUCACGUUUAUUUCCUGUUCAUUUCUUUGUUUAUUUUGUAUAUAUUUUCGUAUUUAUCCUUUGUAUAUAUAUCCCUAGCCUUGUUUGUACUUAUCUGUUUAGUUUAGCUCUUUGUUUGUUUUCCCUGUUUGUUUAUGUAUAUAUAUUUAUUUGUUAUUCCCCUGUUUGUUUAUUUGUUUGUUUAUUAUUCAUUAAAGUCUUGUUCUUACCCGCAUUUAAAUCCGCCUCCCGUCU